AUGAGUAUUAUUCUUGUCCGUGGUCACCAAGCAGCAUUAAAAGGACAAGUGGUUCAUUUCCAUGUUGACACGGAUGUGGUAGUUGAACAAAUAUUACCGUUUCCUCGUUGUUACGAAUUCUUAGCAGUUGUUCAAGAAAAACCAAUGAAGAAUGACCAAAUUACUACGACUGUCACAUAUUCUUUUAGUCCUGUACAAGUACUGCAAGCAUUGAACUAUUUGAAGGAACAUAAUCAUUUGUACUGCGAAAAGCAGAUAAUGACAAAAGAUGAAAUAGAGAAGUUGUUUAAAUGUCAAGCUGAAAACAUUGUACCGAUUAAAAUAAUCGAUAGUUAUGCAUAUAAUAGUUCGACAACAAUAGCACCGAUUAUAAAUUCCGGCGAUCUUUUAUGUGGUCCAAAGUAG